AUGGAGCGGGACGGCCCGGGGCUGCUGGAAGCUCUCCUGGCGCGGCAGGACGAGCCGUUCCUCGGCCCCGCGUUCAGCAGCCCCGAGCCCUCCUUCCCCGGCUGCCCCCUCGCCCAGCGCAGCGGCUGGGACGAGACCGAGGCCGAGGAGCUGCUGUGGCUGGCGGCGGACCCCGACGACGUGUGCAGCCCGGGCAGCCGCCGUGCCGCCGGGGACGCCCGCCCCGAGCCCCCCUGGCCCCCCGCCACCGGUCACGCAGCCCCCCGGGACCCGCCGCCUGCCCCGUGCGGUGCCAGCGGUGCCAUCCAGCUCGGCGCCUGGCUGUGCCCCGCGCUGCUCCCCACCGCCCGCAGCGAGCUGCCCGCCGCGCCGCUGCCCUCCCCGGCCAGGCCCGGCCUGGUGCCCGCCGCUCCGAGCAACCCGUGGGCGCCCGGCACCCUGCUGCAGCUCCCGGGCCUGCUCCUGACGGAGGAGGAGAAGCGGCUGCUGUCGCAGGAGGGGGUGACGCUGCCCAGCUGCCUGCCCCUCACCAAGGCGGAGGAGCGGAUCCUGAAGAAGGUGCGGAGGAAGAUCCGGAACAAGCAGUCGGCCCAGGACAGCCGGCGGAGGAAGAAGGAGUACCUGGACGGGCUGGAGAGCAGGGCGGCCGCGUGCUCGGCCCAGAACCAGGAGCUGCAGAAAAAGGUGCAGGAGCUGGAGAAAUGCAACGGGUCGCUGCUGAGCCAGCUGCAGGCGCUGCAAGCGCUCCUCAAACCGACGUCCACCAAGGCCGCCCAGACCAGCACCUGCAUCCUGAUCCUGGUCUUCUCCCUGGGACUCAUCAUCUUCCCCAGCUACAGCCCCUUCCGCCGCGGCCCCGGGGGCAGCCAGGACGGCCACAAGCCCAGGGGAGUGAUUUCCAGGAACAUCCUGACCUGGGAGGAGCUGCUGGAGCCGGCUGAGGGCCCCCACGCUGGAGCAGCCCCGCUCCCAGAGCGGGGACCCACGGCUGCAGCAGAGGACGGUGCCGAAGGGGGACAUGGGGACCGGAGAUCCCCCCCUCACGGGGAGCUGGGCACCAACUCCUCGGGCCAGGCCGGCCCUGGGGACGCGGGGACUCGGCCCUGGCUGCAGCCGGCAGCCCGGGUGGGACCGGCCCCAGGGAGGGCGGCCGGCGCCGGCAGGGAGGCGGCAACGCGGGCGCACGGGGAGAUGUGACGGGCAGCGGAGAGCAGCCCCGGGUGCCACCCUCCCGGGGACGGGGCGCUCGCUCGGGGCUGGGCACUGCUCCGGGCACAUCCCCGCGCCGCAGCACGGAGCCCAGCCGCGCACAGGGACGGCUCCGCCCUUCAGACGAAACCUCCGAGCUCGCAGGGCAGUUUCCAGCUAAUAAACAGCUCGUUUGUACCUGA